AUGGUCGCAGAAUACCUGACCGUCCGGAACCUCACACCAACAACACUAAUAUUGAACCAUGUUGAUCGGUUCCUGGUCCUUAACGUCCUAAAAUGCGACACUAAACAGGUGAAAAAUGAAUUGAAGAACAGUGUGACCGGAUCUGCAGCAGUUGCAGACACCUCGACGCAGAAUUCCGAUCCUUUUGUUAGACAGGACGUGUCAAUUCGGAUCGAACCCUUCCACUCUGUGAAAACGGAUAUCCGGGCUUUCGACAAGUCAGAUAAGGAGCGUUUGCAGCUGAUAUUUGAAGCGGAAGGCGAGAAUCAUCAAAUUCAAAUCACUGCACCCACUUUGGAGUCCGCCACAUCGAAACCGCUUGUUGACAGUCCCCGUUUCCGAUUUACUGGAAUUUAUAUAAUCCCGGAAUCACACCUUGCGAUAUACCCCUGUGCCAACCUCAAUGCUUGGAUGCGCGAGUUCACUGAUGAAACGUAUCUUUCUGCCCUUUCUAUUCCCGGUACGCAUAAUUCCUCAGCAUACCAUUUAGCUGCACCCUCAGUCCGUUGCCAGGCUGUCAGCUCUCGGGAACAACUAGAAAAUGGCAUUCGAUUUUUUGAUAUUCGGGUGCAGCCCCGAUUCCCUAACGAACCAAGCGAGGACAAACUGCUGCUUGUCCAUGGCGUAUUCCCAAUCUCCUUUUCGGGACCCAAAUACUUCCGCGACCUCGUUAGCGAAGUUGAAUCAUUCAUCACGGAAAACCCUUCUGAAACUCUCAUUAUGUCUGUGAAGCGGGAAGGGCCGGGGAACCACACUGAUGAGCAACUUAGUCGCAUUCUCUGGGACCACUACGCGUAUGACGGGAGUAAGUGGUACACGGAGCCUCGUGUCCCAACACUUGGCGAAUCCCGGGGCAAGAUCGUGCUGAUCCGGCGGUUCGGUUUAGAGGAGCGGUUGAAGAAAGAAUGGGGAGGAUUGGGCUGGGGCAUUGAUGCUGAAGACUUGCCAGAUAACACCCCAUUUGCAGUUUGUCCAAGCGGAGAUUUAUUCAUUCAGGACUUCUACCGGGUACUUGAUAGAACGAUGAUUCCGCGGAAAAUAGACUAUGUUAAUUCUCAAUUUGAAAGGGCGGCGGAGCUGCGCUAUCCAUUUGGCGUCAUCGGAAAAGAAAGAGUUAAUAAUGAUGAUCGUGGAGAUCACAGAGUUCCGUUUUAUAUAAAUUUCCUAAGCGCGAGCAACUUUUGGAAUGUUACGACUUGGCCGGAGAAGAUUGCGGCAAGAGUGAAUCCUGCGGCGGUGGAUUAUUUGUGUCGCAAGCAUCAUGGGAAGAAAGGGGAUUGGUCUACGGGAAUUGCAGUGUGCGAUUGGGUUGGAUUAGACGGGGACUGGGACCUCGUGAGGUGUAUCGUUGGUAUGAACUCCAGGCUCAUGAUGCAGCAGAGAUAA